AUCGGCAUAUUGAAAAGCGCUAUUUUAUUGGAAUAUAUACAUACUACGUGCGAUCAACAAUAAGAGGAUUACUUUUUUUUUUUUUUAAUAUAUAAACAAACACUGUGACUGUGAAACCGUGUACAAAGUUACAAAAGUAAUUAAUAAUCGAAGCCAAAAAAAAAAAGGAAAGAAAGACAACAUAGACAAUAUUACUCAAGAAGGAACGCAACAAAGUGACAAAAUACUUAACAAUAAAAUAGCAUUAAAUCAAUUUAGUUUAAGCUAGAAAAAUUCUUAUUUUGUGUUUGGUGUCAAAGACUAAGCAACAAAACUAGUUAAUAAUAUAACAGAAAUAAGAAGAGGACGCUGCCACAAUGAAGUUGUGCAUAUUAUUGGCUGUUGUGGCCUUUGUUGGCCUCUCACUGGGUGAGGAGAAGAAGGAGAAGGACAAAGAGCUAGGCACCGUUAUUGGCAUCGAUCUGGGCACCACAUACUCAUGCGUUGGCGUUUACAAGAACGGACGCGUUGAGAUCAUUGCCAACGAUCAGGGUAACCGCAUCACGCCCUCCUAUGUGGCCUUUACGGCCGAUGGCGAGCGUCUGAUUGGUGAUGCCGCCAAGAAUCAACUGACCACAAAUCCCGAAAAUACCGUCUUUGAUGCGAAGCGUCUGAUUGGACGCGAAUGGUCCGAUACGAAUGUGCAGCAUGACAUCAAAUUCUUCCCAUUCAAAGUGGUUGAGAAGAACUCGAAGCCACACAUCAGUGUCGAUACAUCGCAGGGCGCCAAGAUCUUUGCGCCCGAGGAGAUCUCCGCCAUGGUUCUGGGCAAGAUGAAGGAAACCGCCGAAGCCUAUCUGGGCAAGAAGGUCACCCACGCUGUUGUCACUGUGCCCGCCUACUUCAACGAUGCCCAGCGCCAGGCGACCAAGGAUGCGGGUGUCAUUGCCGGUCUGCAGGUGAUGCGCAUCAUCAAUGAGCCGACAGCGGCUGCCAUUGCAUACGGUCUGGACAAGAAGGAGGGCGAGAAGAAUGUGCUCGUCUUCGAUUUGGGCGGCGGCACCUUCGAUGUCUCCCUGCUGACCAUUGACAAUGGCGUCUUCGAGGUGGUUGCCACCAACGGUGACACUCAUUUGGGUGGCGAGGACUUUGAUCAGCGUGUCAUGGAUCACUUCAUCAAGCUGUACAAGAAGAAGAAGGGCAAGGAUAUUCGCAAGGACAAUCGUGCUGUGCAGAAGCUGCGUCGUGAGGUCGAGAAGGCGAAGCGUGCUCUGUCUGGUUCACACCAGGUGCGCAUCGAAAUCGAGUCCUUCUUUGAGGGUGAUGACUUCUCCGAGACGCUGACCCGUGCCAAGUUCGAGGAGCUGAAUCUGGAUCUGUUCCGUUCGACUCUGAAGCCCGUGCAGAAGGUGCUCGAGGAUGCCGAUAUGAACAAGAAGGAUGUCCAUGAAAUUGUUUUGGUUGGCGGCUCCACGCGCAUACCCAAGGUGCAGCAGCUGGUGAAGGACUUCUUUGGCGGCAAGGAACCAUCUCGCGGCAUCAAUCCCGAUGAGGCUGUCGCCUACGGUGCCGCCGUCCAGGCUGGCGUACUCUCCGGCGAACAGGACACGGAUGCCAUCGUUCUGCUCGAUGUCAAUCCAUUGACCAUGGGCAUUGAGACCGUCGGCGGUGUCAUGACCAAACUGAUUCCACGUAACACAGUCAUUCCCACCAAGAAAUCGCAGGUGUUCUCCACGGCAUCCGACAAUCAGCAUACGGUGACCAUUCAGGUGUACGAGGGCGAGCGUCCGAUGACCAAGGAUAACCAUUUGCUGGGCAAAUUCGAUUUGACCGGCAUUCCGCCAGCACCACGUGGCAUACCACAGAUCGAGGUAUCCUUCGAGAUUGAUGCCAACGGCAUUCUGCAGGUCAGCGCCGAGGACAAGGGCACCGGCAACAAGGAGAAGAUUGUGAUCACCAACGAUCAGAACCGUUUGACGCCCGAGGAUAUCGAUCGCAUGAUCCACGAUGCCGAGAAGUUCGCCGACGAGGACAAGAAGCUGAAGGAGCGCGUCGAGUCGCGCAACGAGCUGGAAUCGUAUGCGUACAGUCUCAAGAAUCAGAUCGGUGACAAGGAGAAGCUCGGCGCCAAGCUCAGUGAGGACGAGAAAACCAAACUGGAGACGGCCAUCGAUGAGUCAAUCAAAUGGCUCGAACAGAAUCCCGAUGCCGAUCCCGAGGAGUACAAGAAGCAAAAGAAGGAUCUUGAGUCCAUUGUUCAGCCCGUCAUUGCCAAGCUCUACCAGGGCACUGGCGGCGUGCCUCCAACCGAGGGCGGCGACGCUGGCGACGAUCUCAAGGAUGAGCUGUAAGCGCGUCGGCGGCACAACUAAAUCAGACUGAUUAAGCAAUUACAACUUGAUUGCAUCCCCACAACAACAACAACAACUACAACAACACAAAAA